GGCAGUACGUUGGCCCCGACAGAGCGGUGGGUGAAGACCAAAAUGUGGUGAUGGAGGUGUUUGUGCAGCAGCCCGCAGAAUACGUUACAGACCAGAGGCUUCGUGAGGAAAUCCUCGAUUCACCAGGGUAUCAGCUUUUUGAAGAUGCACGCAGACUUCGUGAAGAUGCACGCAAGUUUACGGAGCGCAUGGUGGCCACGCUCCGAGACUGGAAGGAAUUUACAGAUAAGAGUAUUGUCUCUGCUAUUGCACAGACAAAACUGAAGGCAGCUCUUCGGCAGGCGGAGGAUGCAGAGAAGGAAAGGUGGGGAAACGAAAAACCUCCCAGACGACCGAGGCUGGAGGGAUUCUACGAGUCCGUGUUUAACGCAACGUGGAGUCACGUCAUGGGAUUUCCUGAGGGCGAAGGGGAAUACAUGGUGGUGAUAGAGGGCCAACGGCCACAAGAGUUAUUAUGGGAGUACACGCAGACUGUGCGUACUUUUCUCCCAGUGCGUGGUGAGGAGCAAUUCCGUCCACCACGCCCACGACUCAUGAUCCUUUCCUCUGAAAAGCGAUGGCCGUACUCGCUGAACCAUGCAGUGCCUAUUACCGACUGCUACAUUAACAUUGAGGUGCAUCGGGUGUGGAAGAUUGUCGAGGGUGAUCUAAAAGGAGUGUUUCCCCCUCCAGAUACAGACGCACCUAAAAUGAGACGUCAUCUUUUGAUUGGAACCCCCGGCAUAGGGAAGUCAAUGGCGGCUGGCUCCUACCUCCUUUAUCAGCUGCUGCACUACGAUGCCACGAAGCUCCAUGUGGUUGUGUACUGCUUUGGAAGGGAUUUUGCAUACUUGUUUGACAGGAGGACACGAACGGUGACAGAAUACGAGGGUGAGAGUAAUAUUGGAAGGGCUAUGGUAAAUUUGGCUAGGACUGGAAUGAAGGGGUAUAUUAUCAUCGAUAUGGCAAGACAACUUCAAGAACCAUCGACUAAUGUUGUGCCCUCUGAUGAGUGGGGCAUCAUUAUGUUGUCGUCCCCGAACGAAAAGAACUUCCAAGCAUGGGCGAAGCAGGCGGGUGCUAUCGAAAUCAUCAUGAAUUGCCCCGAUGAAAACGACGUGAAGGCGAUGUGUGCGUGGGGGACACGCAAUACGACUGAAGAGGAGCAGGCGGAGUAUUGGAGAAGGAUGUACAUGCGCAUGGAUGACGUCGGACCGAUUCCACGAUGCAUCUUUAAUGACAAUAAAUAUAGAAAGCGCGUGCGUGAUACCAAUAACAUCCUGGCAGGUAUCGACGCCUCAGAUGCUGUACAUUAUGGGAUGAUUGGAGGUAAGGGAAUGUGGCCCUCGAAUGACGCUUCUCACAAACUU